ACGGUCUCUCACUUUCGGUAGUAUUGAAAAAUUUUUAAAAUCGGUGUGAUUAUUGAUUUUCUAUUUACAGCUCCUUAACGAAGAAAUAUAGCCAAGAUGUCUGCCAAAGCUCAAAACCCUAUGCGUGAUUUGCAUAUCGAGAAAUUAGUCUUGAACAUUUGUGUCGGUGAAUCCGGUGACAGAUUGACCAGAGCCGCCAAGGUUUUGGAACAAUUGUCUGGUCAAACCCCAGUUCAAUCCAAGGCUAGAUACACCGUCAGAUCUUUCGGUAUCAGAAGAAACGAAAAGAUUGCCGUUCACGUUACCAUCAGAGGUCCAAAGGCUGAAGAAAUCUUGGAAAGAGGUCUUAAGGUCAAGGAAUACCAAUUGAGAGCCAAGAACUUCUCUGCCACCGGUAACUUCGGUUUCGGUGUUGACGAACACAUUGACUUGGGUAUCAAGUACGACCCAGGUAUCGGUAUUUACGGUAUGGAUUUCUACGUUGUCAUUGGUAGAGCCGGUAACAGAAUUGCCAGAAGAAAGAGAGCUAGAGGUGUUGUUGGUAACUCCCACCAAACCACCAAGGAAGACACCAUCCAAUGGUUCAAGACCAGAUACGAUGCCGAUGUUUUGGGUUCUAAAUAAGUUAUCUAACGUAUUAAAUUAAUAUAACAUUGAGUCGCACAAA